ACCGGGAGGGAGGCCGGCAGCGGCGGCAUGAGGCCGGCGGCGCGGCGGCCGUGAGCGCGCGGCGGCCGGACCGUGAUUUGCGAGCCGCUGCGCCCCCCGCCCGCCCCGCUGCCGGUCGCCGUUGCCCCUCGUCGGAGCGGCCGGCCGCCCGCCCGCCCGAGGCCGCGGGGAGCGCGGCGCAGUCCGUUGGCCCGCGGGGGGGGCGGCCUGCUGGCGUCUUCGCGGCGACCAAGGACGUCCGGGAAGGGGAGCGGCCGAGAUGGCGCGCCCGCGGCCCCGCGAGUACAAGGCGGGCGACCUGGUGUUCGCCAAGAUGAAGGGCUACCCGCACUGGCCGGCGCGGAUUGAUGAACUCCCAGAGGGAGCGGUGAAACCUCCAGCAAACAAGUACCCUAUCUUCUUUUUUGGCACCCAUGAAACUGCAUUUCUUGGUCCAAAAGAUCUUUUCCCAUAUAAAGAAUACAAAGACAAGUUCGGAAAGUCCAACAAACGGAAAGGGUUCAAUGAAGGAUUGUGGGAAAUAGAAAAUAACCCCGGGGUGAAGUUCACCGGAUACCAGGCAAUUCAACAGCAGAGCUCUUCAGAAACUGAGGGGGAAGGCGGCAACACCGCCGAUGCGAGCAGCGAGGAAGAAGGGGACAGAGUCGAAGAAGAUGGAAAAGGCAAAAGGAAGAAUGAAAAGGCUGGCUCCAAACGGAAAAAGUCCUACACUUCAAAGAAAUCCUCUAAACAGUCCCGGAAGUCUCCGGGGGAUGACGACGACAAGGACUGCAAAGAAGAGGAAAACAAAAGCAGCUCGGAGGGUGGAGACGCCGGCAAUGACACGAGAAACACAGCUUCAGACUUGCAGAAAACCAGCGAAGGGACCUAACCACCGUGGUGAACGCUGCGUAUUUGGGAAACCACAGGAAGGUUGCGCGCUUGGUUGUCUCCUGUUCCCGGAUUUGCUACGAACCCACCCGGUCCUUGUUGUCAUUGACUGAACCCAGUUUGUAUGUCCUUGAUUCACAUUCCUCUCUGUUUGUGUUUAGAGAAAGAAAGAGAUAAAAAAAAAAAAAAGACAUUUUAGCCUUUUUUAAAGUUACUGAUAUGAUUUCUUGUUACUUGGUUGCAUGAAGCUGCCCUUCACCGCUGAGGGUUAUCAAGAUGUUUGCACAGACUUACACACGUCUAGGAUCCUUUUAUCAAGGCAGCGACGUUCUGGAGCCUCCUGCCUCAUCCCCGCCUCCACCGCACACUCAGUUCAAUAUACAUGUGCAUUUCUUUAAAAUGACCACUCAAAGCUGAUAUGUAUCUCCUCUGGGUGACAGGACCCGGGAGCCAGUUCCUAGAUACGUAAAGGCUGGCAUGUUGAAGAUGAAACGAAAUGGUUCUUCAUCUUCGAGGCCAGGUGUAAAGGUUAACCGUAUUGUAAGAUAUCUAUUCCGUAUUAGAAAUAGCCCAUUGACAACUUCUACUUCUCCAGACUCACGCUGUUAGGCACACACACCCAGUUUCUGUAUGUGAGGUCAGUGCGUCUUUUUGUGUUAACCCCAAAAUAGAGGCCACACUUUCUUCCCCCCCACUGCCAAGACCAUUGGAGCGGGUCACCAGAGGUGGGAGCUUGAAGCCGGACAUCCGCAGCAGUCCAAUGGGAAGCCAGACAGAGCAUCGACUUUUAAAUACAGACUUUUUAAAAGAACUCGUUUUCUUUCGGGACUAGAAUUAGAAUAGCUACUCUCCAUCCGCACACCAUUCUUAUGUGUACAUUCGCGUUGCUGUUGUGUGAUCAUAGAGAGUUUUAUUUAUUUUUAUGCCAGCCUAUAUCGUGAGGACACAUCUAGUCAGUUUGGGUUUCCUCAAAAUCCUGUUAUGCUCGUCUUUGAAACAUAUUUCGCGUACUCGAGGUUUGUAGUUGAAAAGUUUACUGUAAAAAAAAAAAAAGAAAAGAAAAAAAAGAAGAAAAAAAAAUGUAUUGUUUUUACAGAAUAAAUUUAUUGGAAUGUGUCCUGGGAGUAAGGUUUAAGGUUGUAAACCACUACGUUGGUGUAACUUGGCUUCAUAAAUGUAAUGUGAGGUAUUGAUGUGAUUCACAUAUUAAAGCGAAGUUUGUUGACAGCAAGUUGGCAAUAGAA